GCAAAGAAAUCAUUAGAACUAUGUAUGAAGCUAAAUUGCUAUUUAUAGUUUAGCAACAAUGUACUCAUUAUCAUUCAGGAAUUCAGACCCACCACACUCACUUCAGACACCGCUAAGUGCCUCAGUUACGCUCCAUAUCUAAUAAUAAAUUCCUGGCAUGACUCGUUGCUCAGGUUCUCCCCUCUCUGUUGCUCAGGUUCUCCCCUCUCUCUGUUGUUCUUUUUCCCCUAGAUUUAUGGCAUACACCAUGGUGGAUGUGUGCUGGAAGCUGUCUGUCUGUUUUUUUUGCUAUCAAGUUGUCUCUGCAAGAGUUAAGAGGGAGGGACACUAUGUUGCUGCUGUCUAUGAACAUGAGUCCAUCCUGAAUCCUACCCCAGCAGCUCUGGUUGAUCGACAGUCUGCACUGGAACACAUGGGCAGAAACCUCGACAUCUAUGAACAGCAAGCAGUGGCUGCUGCCAGACAGGGGGCACAGAUCAUUGUUUUUCCUGAAGAUGGAAUCCAUGGCUUCAACUUCACCAGAAACUCCAUUUAUCCUUACUUAGAUUUUGUCCUGCAUUCACACUCUGUGAAGUGGAAUCCAUGCAAAGAGCCGUAUUUGUUCAACGACACAGAGGUUCUGCAGCGCCUGAGCUGCAUGGCACUGAAAAACAAAAUAUUCCUUGUGGCAAACUUGGGAACAAAGCAGCCCUGUGAGCAGCCUGAUCCUCACUGUCCACCUGACGGAAGAUACCAGUUCAAUACCAACGUGGCAUUCAGUGAGGAUGGCACGCUGGUAGCCACAUACCGCAAACACAAUCUGUAUUUUGAGUACGCUUUUGAUACUCCCCCAGAGCCUGACUACAAAUUCUUUGACACUCCUUUUGCUGGCAAGUUUGGCAUGUUCACUUGCUUCGAUAUACUCUUUUUUGAGCCUGCAGUAAACCUCAUCAAACAAUACAACUUGAAACAAAUCGCCUAUCCGACUGCCUGGAUGAACCAGCUCCCACUCCUGUCUGCUGUAGAGUUUCAGCAAGCUUUUGCAACAGCUUUCAACAUCAAUAUUUUAGCAGCUAAUAUCCACCACCCUACCUUGGGCAUGACAGGGAGCGGCAUAUAUACUCCAGGCAAAUCAUUCACCUACCACAACAUGGAAAGUUAUGGAGGUAAGCUCAUAGUAGCAGAAAUUCCUGUCGUUACCACAGAUCAUGAAACCCAUUUGGACAGUAAUGAAAGAUUCAGAGAGAACUUACAUCAUUCAUGCAAGACCUCUACAAGCAUCUUACUGGAUGAUCAAGUUUGCUUUAAGGAAGGAGAAGAGACCCUCAGCAGAGUAUCAGAAAAAGGAAACGAACAGUUACCUCCCCUGUUUUAUGCAGAAAUGAUGUAUGACAACUUCACUUUUGUUCCUGUAUGGGGAGAAAAAGGAGAGCUGCAGGUGUGUGCCAAUACCCUUUGUUGUUACUUGAAUUACCAGAAAGCUCUUUUAACUGAUGAACUGUAUGCACUGGGAGUUUUUGAUGGGCUGCACACAGUGCAUGGCACAUACUAUGUCCAGGCCUGUGCACUAGUGAAGUGUGGUGGUCUCAGCUUUAGCACUUGUGGACAGGAGGUUACAAAUGCCACUGCUCUGAUAGAUUUCCAGCUAUGGGGAAAUAUGAGCACCCCUUACAUCUUUCCUUUGCUGCUGACAUCUGGUAUCACCUUGGACUUUGCUGAUCACAGGGGCUGGAAAAACAACCACUAUUUCAUAAGCAAAAAUAGAACAUCUUUUGGCCUACUGACAGCUGCUCUGUAUGGACGGUGGUAUGAAAAGGACUAGCACAAACAUUUCAAUCAGAAAACAGCCACCCCUAUGUUCAGAGUAUACAUCAUCUUCUGAAUUGUUGAACAUCUGUACUUCCCAGGGCUUUAGGUAUGUUUAUAACAUGGCUGACUGAUGCAAUGCCACAUCUGAAAUAAGGAAAUCACUUAAGAGGCAGUAAGUAGAGUCUGUACCUUGUCAGCUUAUGUCCUAGCAGGAGUAGAAGAACUACCUUGCAAAGUUAGAAGGCCUGCUGCAAUGUGAUGAGAUACUCUAUACUGGGAAAAUAACAUGUCUCAUUUCAACUGAGUUUGUUCCUUUUAAUUUAAUCCUUUGGUUUUCUGGGGCUCUGGCUAGGAGUACAGAAAUUAAUGGAACAGAAAACCACUGCAAAAGCAAGAAAAAUAGGGAAGAGAACAAAAGACACAAAUACCAUGCAUGAUAUGCAUGAAAAGACAUAUGCAGACAUACAUUCUGUAAGUUGCAUAUGGUGAGAUUCUGAUUUCUGGUUAGGUUGCUUUGGAGCAAAAAAAUUCCCAUCUGACGUCAUUACCAUUUUCUGGCCACUUAGCUGUCUGUAAUCCUGUUAUAAAACUGUAAAUGAAUGUUGGAGCUGAGAAUGUCUACAAACAUCUAGUCUGGAGAAGAGGGUAUCAAAUGAGUAUGACAAAAGUAGGCUGCAUUAAGACAAUUUUCAGUCUGCUGUGCAAAGAACUGUGCUUAAAGAAAACAUUGGCAACAAAUACCAAAGACUGUGUUACAGAGUGUGAAGUACUGGUGGCUUUCCCAGUUUAAAAAGGAGGUAAUUUCAAGACUGCUUUGACUUUUAUAUUCUUUCAACAAGAAAAGCACACCGUGGGACAAGGAUUUUACAUGAAUACUUUGUGUGGAGCAGCUUCCUGCUGCUGAAGGAGUAAAACCAUGCUUUUCAGAACAAGAACUAGAUUAGGUCUGCAAUACUGUACUGCGGUAAAGAAGUCGGGAAGAGAAUAUUCAAAGGAGUUAAAUUCAGAUAAAAGAAUUUCUUCUAGUA